AUGCCGCUCUGUCUCACCUUCAUCGACUUGAACAAGGCCUUCGACUCAGUUGAGACGGAAGCGGUCGUGGAAGCCUUGGACAACCAAGGCGUCCCUACUCAGUACAUAAAGGUACUUCGAGAGUUGUACAAUAACUUCACGACCGGGAUUUCACCAUUCUACAAGAACAUCAUCAUUGACGUGAAGAGGGGGGUCCGACAGGGUGAUACAAUUUCACCCAAAAUAUUCACAGCCACCCUCGAGAACGCAGUGCGAAAGUCGGAAUGGGACGACAUAGGAGUGAAGGUUGAUGGUCGGCAGCUACACCAUUUGCGCUUUGCUGAUGAAAUCCUACUGAUAACAUCCAGCAUCAGCCAAGCGAAACGAAUGCUGACCGAAUUCGACGGAACAUGUGGAUGCAUCGGUCUUCAUUUGAAUCUGCAAAAGGCGAUGUUAAUGCAUAGCGGAUAG